UGCGAUUGUAAAUAAUAUUAUUGAUGAUGUCCGACAUUGAACAAAUAACGGCAAUGAUAUCAACAGUUGGCGAAUGACAGUGCAAGUUUGUGUUAAGUCGCGUAGCAGUGGGAUUUUACAUUAUUACAGAAAUGGAUGCGGUAUAAAAUUAGACAGGCUUGGAUGUUAUUGUACUGUUUUAAUGUGAUGAAAUUUUGUUUGUUGUAUUCAUGGAAACGUUUUUAAUUAUCAUUACAUUUCUGAAUCAAGUGUUUGAUAUUGGAUUGAGUUCAGUAAUGACAAUGAUAUAAAUCUAUGAUUAUCAGGAUAAGUUUCAUUGUAACUACAAAUUAAAGCGGAUUUAAUUAAUUUCUCCGUAUUCGUGUGACAUUUUUUCCUAUAAAAUGUGCCUGAAGUUUCAAUUUCGAAAAACACAUAAAAGCUGAUGUAUGGCCCUGUAUUUGCAUGACGUGCGAUCGCUUUUAUGUAUUAAUGAAUGAUGUGUUUUGGAGUGAAGGAACCCGGGUAGCUGGGAGGAUGCAGCAUGUCAGGUAGUCUUAUAGCCAAUCGGCUGGCCGAACCUGGUCUAGCAGUCAAAUACACACCGUGUGCAACUCGCGACACAGAGGCUGGUUCAAUUGAUGGAUACAAACAUUGUGCUGAUAAGGAGGAUCACACAGAUGAUGAACUUGAAGAAAUCUCCAUUAUAGAUGAGCGACAAGAUGGGGAUGUGAGUAACAGUCAUACGGAAGACGAUAUUAGUGACCAUGGCCCUGACCAUGAGUACGGAUGCCAUGACAAUCCGGACCUUCAACGUGAGAAAAGCGACGCAGAUGGCGUCAACGGUCCUAAAGCGCUUCCAGGUUCCGUCCUGAGCAUAGCGUCAUCGCCGAACGACAAAACUAAGUUGAUUGGUGAACGGUUAAGUUCGCGUACGACUCUUUCGUCACCGAUCAAUUCGAGUAGGACAAUUGACCCGAAGUCCUGUAGAUCCCGCACGACGUCCAGAACGAGUAUAUUUGAACUUGUUCGGGUACGAACCUCCAGAAAACCCUCAAGGGAUGACCACUUUAACCUUAUGAAAAAGGGUCGUUCCAAUGAGACUGUUGCAUCAAAGGAGGUCAGGAAACAGAGACGGAAGGACAUUGCCACCCGCUUUGGUAAGAAAAGUAUUCGUUCGGACAACAGGUUUGAAAAUAGCACGACCCUUUCGGAACACGAAGGUUGCAAUUGGACGUUUGUGUUUGAUCCAUCGGGUCGGCUCAGUUACUGGUGGUCUUCCGUUGUAAGCAUAGCAUUCAUCUAUAACUUUUGGGUCAUUGUGUACCGAUUUGCGUUUCAAGAGAUUAGUCCCGAAAACAUAUCGAUCUGGUUCACUUUAGAUUACUUGGCUGAUUUUAUCUACAUCUUAGACAUUGCUUUUCAUUUUCGCACCGGUUACCUCGAAGAUGGUGUGUUACAAACGGACGCCACAAAGCUUCGUUUACAUUAUAUGAACACCACAAACUUUUAUAUAGAUUGUUUAUGUCUGUUGCCUCUAGAUUUCUUGUAUUUGUCCAUAGGAUUUUGCUCAAUUCUUCGUUGUUUUCGACUAGUUAAAGUCUACCGAUUUUGGAUGUUUCUCGACCGGACAGAACGUCAUACUAACUACCCUAACGUCAUACGAACCACGACUCUACUACACUAUCUGCUAGCGUUAUUUCAUUGGAACGCUUGUGCAUAUUACAUCGUAGCAAAUCGGCUAGGCCUCAACUCAACAACCUUUGAAUUCCCAAAAGACAAUGGUGACGUAAUGAGACAGUACCUGCACGCUCUAUACUGGAGCACGUUGACGCUGACGACGGUUGGCAACCUGCCAAGACCCCGCUCAAAAGCGGAUUAUGUGUUCAUAAUAGUUGAAAUGGUGUUCGGAUUACUGCUAUUUGCCAGUGUUCUUGGUCAUAUAUCUAACAUCGUGUCCUGCAUCAGCGCAGCCAGGAAGGAUUUCCAAGCAAAACUAGACAACGUGAAGACGUACAUGUCGUUACGACGAGUGCCCUUACGUCUACAAGACCGCGUUAUAAAGUGGUUCGAUUACUUGUGGAUGUGUAACAAAUCAACAGACGAAGAGAGGACGUUAAGUCUACUUCCUGACAAGCUCAAGGCGGAAAUCGCAAUUCACGUGCACCUGGAUACGCUAAAGCGCGUAGAGAUCUUUCAACAGACUGAGGCGGGAUUUUUGUGCGAACUGGUGCUCAAGCUAAACCCAGUUCUUUUCUCUCCAGGGGACUACAUUUGCAGAAAAGGUGAGGUCGGAAAAGAGAUGUACAUAGUCAAUCGAGGCAAGCUACACGUCGUCGGCGACAAUGGAAAAACAGUGCUGGCAACGCUCAAACCGGGAAGCUAUUUCGGGGAAAUCAGUAUUCUUAACAUGGGUACCUCCGGAAAUCGCCGUACAGCUUCGGUUCGUUCCGUAGGAUACUCCGAUCUUUUCCGACUAUCAAAACAAGAUCUCUGGGAUGUUUUAAAGGAAUAUCCUGCAGCUCGAAUCAAAUUGGAAUCUAUUGCUGUGAUGCGUUUGAACAAAACCGAAAAGAAGCCAAUAGAAAUAGUUGACCUCAAGCGAAGUAAAAGCACACCGGGCUUAGUUGAGUCUGCGGGCAAGACGCCAGUUACGGGUGCUUCCAUGACACGUCAUGAUACCCUCCCUGCCGGGCUUCCAACACACAGUGCUUCCAUGGAGCUUCCUAUUGUGGCGUCAUCAGACAACCGUGAUGAUGACAUCACAGAUGAAAUAAAAACACAAUACGGCGAUACCAUUAACACACACAUUUCACUUAACACAAUCACAACUGCUGCAGGUCAUACCUUAGAACAGAAAGACCAAGAUGCAAACAUACAAACAGUUUCAAGUGUAACAUCGGUUCUGACUGGCUCCUCUUUAGUAAGGUCGCCUUUAGCAGUAGAGGGCCAAGCUCCAAUGUUUCAUUUCAGCCCCCCUGUUACUCCGAGGGUAAACACACAGUAUCCCUACUCUUAUCCAGUGCAGUCGAGUCCGAGUGCACACAAUAUGGUUGCUCCUGCAACAACGUAUUCAGAAUACGUUCCUCGUGAUAUAGCGCAUGAUACAAGUUCGCGUCUUCAGCCUGCUCAAUAUCAAACAAUGCAGUAUCCGUUCACACAUUUCACCAUGCCCACCUCUGGCGCAACGUUGUCACAAAUGUUCCUAUCCCCUUUUUGUGCCUCGCCAACAUAUCCUCCACCGAUGUCGCCCUCAAACAUAGUAGGUGAGCGAAACGUCAGCGCAUGCGCUCAAACUACCCCAUCAAACUCUGCUUCCGCAACACCACGUGGUUCUUUGCAACCAACAAGUGAAGGACAACCUCCCUUGGCAUCCAAUCAAAUUUAUCAUAAUGUUUCCCAUGAUACUUUGGUUCAAGAAAUAACGAGACUCAGGGAGCGGUUAAAAUCACUGGAAUCUGAAAAUACAAUGAUGGCGGCUAAGCUUAAUCAACAACAAUGGGAACUGGAACAUAGACUGUCUGAACUUGAAAUGCAGAUGACAUGCACUAGUGACUUGGCAAGCUCCGGGAGUACUGAUGAACUUCGCUCAAAUCCUUUUGAGAAUAUUAGUAGGGAGUCGAUGAUUUGAAGUUAUUGGCAGAAUAUAUACAUGCACAAACAUGUAGUAGUGUGACUGCUGUUCUUAAAUUAAAAUUUCGGUAGUUGUUCUGUGUAAAUAGUCUCUAAGCUCAUUAGUUUUCGAUUAACAGUUUGUUUCUCAUGUGAAGCCUUGCAAACGUAGAAGGAUUACUGCGUCCGUCGUCGUCGUUGCUCGCGUCGGUCGUCGGCAUCACACUUUUGCUUCCGAUCACAAACUAGACAACUUUUUAUAGUGUCCUCAAACGCCAGUAAGUUGAUUGUUAAGGUCAGUCUUUGGCCUGUAUUACUUUCGGUUUCAAUAGGUAAAAUAGAUUAUGACCUUUAAUAGGAAACGAUAUAGACGGUACGGACAGCCAAACAUCCGAUUUGCUGAAUUUUAGUACGUACAAGGUGAUUGCAAUUCGUGACAUAAUUGUAGGAAAAACAAGUUCUUUGGAACAUUAAGUGUCAACACAGAGACAAAUAUCGAUUAUAAUUGAAGUAAUCGACUUGAAACCAUUUUGGUAUCUUUGAAUGUGCAUUCAAGUCGCAUCGGCCUAUUUGAGCUUGUUAUCGUAUGAUAAAACAUGCAAGUAAUAAAUAUAUUUUUAUCGUCCCCAUUGAAGACAAAAUUGUGAGAAAUUAUACACCUUUCCACCAUACAAAUGUAUAUUCAGGAGUUGUUUCAUUCGUAAUAUGUUUGUGUAUUUUGAAUAUAAAAAAAUACACGGAUACGACUGAGAUAUUGAAAUCGCGAUGAAUAUGAGUUUUGUCAGAAGUCAACAGAGCAGAUGAUAUAUGCUUAAAAUAUGUUUAAAGGGAGGUAACAAAUGCCGAUUGAAACAAACUGACCCAACCAGAUUACUUCCCAGCUUCUGAUAAUUUGCUCUUUUAGACAGAUAAAUUUAUAUAAUUCGUAUUAAGAAACGACUUGAUUUUAUAAAUACAUUGUAUAUCGGAUGAUGAAUCACUGACGACAAUGGGGUACAGAGGUAUUUGCGCCCGAUUAGUUGGUUGACGCCCUUAUCAUGGAACGUUUGUAAUUAUUUCAUUGAUGCAGAGUAUGUGACAUUUGUUCUAGAGUUAUUAUCUGUCUUUACGUAUUUCCAAUGACCCUCAAAUUAGGAAUUUAGAUAUAAAACGUGUGACACUUCGGGUAUAUCCGGUUACUUUAAACGUUUGCAAUAACUUUCACGACCGAUGCUUUACAGUAGACGUCUGAAAAGAACUGCACUCUUUAGUCUUGAGUAUGAAAGUCAGUCUCAGAACUUUAAUGAACAUUAUCUCUUACGACAGUACUUAAGAAGGAAUGUAUAUGAACUAAUUUUGCACCUUGGUUUGGUUAAAGAUAUCCAAGAUUGGUAAAUUCUAGUUUCAUAUUGGCUGUAGAUAAAUCGGAUUGCGUAAGUGCAAAGCAGCCAUAAGAUAACCUGUGGAUAAUGUAUCUGGUUUUAUCCAAUUGUUUUCAGCUGUUAUUAUAAGUCAUGACAAUCUGCAGCUGUUUAUAUUAAAGUUAUAUACCGAGGAACAAUGAAGGCAAUAAACCAGUCAGCAAUAAUUCAAUCAUUUUUUUUAUUGAUUUUAUUUUCAUAUUAGAAUAAUCAUAAUUACAUGUUGUUGUUUUAAUUCAAUACAUUGUAAUGAAAAGAAACAAAGAGCUGCAUUUAUGGAAUCGUGCCAUUAUUUGCAGGUGUUUCGAGUUUUCCAUUCGUUUCAUUCGUUUAACCAUUGUUAAUAUGAUUGUGUUGCUUUAUUAAAACCUCUUGUAAAGUCUGUGACAUGUUUGUUACAUGUUAAUUCAUGUUUCAUGGUUUCCAUUUACUUCAUUAAUCUUUGCAACCGUGAUUUUUCGGGUCUUAUUUUACAUGUUCAGUGAUACUGUACAUAUAGUUUCAAUAGCAUUCUUCGCUUCUUAUUUAUAUAUUAAACUGUGAAAUAUAGUAUUAUGUUAUGAAAUUGAAUUGUUACA